UAUUUUGUCAACAGAUAUUUCAUCAUCAUCAUUUUCGUGAUUUAUUUAAAUUUUGUUUUGUUUUUUUUGAUUUUUGGUUUAAAAUGGAUUCCAAAGCAAUUGUACCGUAUGAAUGUGAUGAUGAUAAAGAUGAUAAUAAAUCCAACGAACAGAUCAAUGAAUUUAAACUACAAAUUAUAUCAAGUUCAUCCGAUUCGGAUAACAAUAAUCAAUUGAAACGAAAAAAACGUAAAAUUUUAGAUGAAGAUGAAUAUAGUCAAAAAAUUGGUUCGAUUAUUGAACGAGAUUUUUUCCCGGAUUUACCUAAAAUGCGACUUGAAUUAGAACUACAAGAUGCUAUAAAAAAUAAUGAUUUUGAACGAAUUUCUCGUUUGGCUAGGAAAAAAAUUGAACAAAAUAAUAAAGGUACGAAUAAUAAUAAUAAUAUGUCAAAUACGCCAGCAAAUUUUUCAACACCUGCAUCAACAUUAAAUGAUGAUGAAAUUCGUUUACAAAAAAUUGAUCCUAGAGAUCAAGAUGAUGAUGAUGAAACCUCCGAUCAAUCGAUUAAUAUUGAAAAUUUAAAUCUGAAUAAAUUUCUAAAUAAAUUUACAUCCGAAGAUAAUGAUACAUUUGAACGAUUACAAGAUAAAGAUAUUGAAAAACAUUUAAAAAGAUUAGAAUUUCUAAAUAGUGAUUCACGAAUGAAUAAUGAAAUGGUUGAACGAUCAAUAGAAUUACCAACAAUUGAACAACAACAAAUAUUGAUGAAUUCAAAUCAAUCAACAAAAGAAUUACAAUCAGCUGGUAGUCGAUUAAUUACAUGGAAACAUUCGAAUAAAAAUUCUGUUAUGUUUGAUCCGGAUGGUGUACCAUUUACUGAAAAUGAAUUAGAAUUGGUAAAAUCUAAACAAAUUAUUCGACAUGAAAAUACUCGUUUUAAUAUGAAUCCAUUUCAAACGGGUAUUGUUUCACAACAAGCAGCUGCAGCAGCCGUAAUAAAUAAUGGUGGAAAAAUUGGUGUCGAUGGAAAAGAAGCUGGUCGACAAGAAACACCAAAUAUUAAUGGUUUUUCAUUUGUACCAAGUACACCUUGUUUAAAACCAGAAAAUCUAAUUGGUGGUAGUUCACCAUUAAUGACAUGGGGUAGUAUUGAUGCUACACCAAUCAAUUUAAAAGGUGAUCAAACACCAUUAUUACAUUCAGGUGGUGGAUCACAUUUUAAAAUUCCUGAUAUAUCGGAAAAAGAACAAAUUGGCCAACAAUUAGCUAAUCGUAUAUUGAUGAAAAAGAAAACAACUACAGAAAAUCAUAUGAAAAGUCCAUUUAUAAAAGGUACAACAAAUCAUGAACGAUUAAAUUCAAUGUCACCAGCUGCAAAAUUAUUAGCAAUAAAAAAAUUGGGUGUUCAUCAAAAUAUUGAUAAUCGUUUACAGGCUAGUUAUUCACCAUUGAUGACAUCAAUAUCGACACCAACACCAACACCAAGACGUUUAAUAACACCAUCACCAUCGAUAUCUAAUAAAUCAUCAUCAACAAUGACGCCUAAAACAAAUUCAAUAAUGAAUAAUGAUAAUCAACAUUUGAAAACAAACAGUAAAAGAUCAAAAGCAUCACAAUUUUUUUGA